AUGAUACCUAACAAACCCUCGCCACGCCGCAACCCCCAUACCAAGGCUAGCUUAGAUGCCGAAUAUCUCUUGUUAGGUGGAAAGAAACCCCACGAAUUCAAUACUAAAAGCAAACCUCCCGCUACUCGAAAUCACACUACAGCAACGUCCCAACCUCCUGCCGUUACACAACCUACUCAAUCUGUGCCCAGCUCUACAUCCCAAACCAGAGAAAAAUCCACUUCUCACUCAUUUAACCCUAUUAUUACCCUUGACCUUGAUCUGUCGACUCUAUCUGUUCCCACUUCCCCCCCGCACGCCGAGUCCCCAGAUCAGAUGGAUAAUAUGUUUGGACACCCGUCAGAAUGCUCCUUGCUUGCAUCGGAACAACGAUUUCACACCAUUGGAAAAUUCUUACCUUCAAUACGCCGGUGA